CAUGUGUGAGCAGAAGAACAACAGACUGGGAACCCCAGGAGCCAACUCCUAAUGCAUGAUUGAGCUUUGUGGCCAGGCAGACAUGAAGAUGGAGUUCUGCAGCAUAAUCCUGGGACUAGUCUUGGCUCUUUGGGUUGGAGACGCUCGAGAGAGUGUCCCAAUGCAAAGCCUGCACUGUUAUAAUGACUAUGCCGUCCAAACUACCUGUGUGUGGCAGGAGUGCUCAGAGGCUCGUCACUUCCUGAAUAUGACUCUGUUCAAGAUGCAUGACAACACAAUGAAUGGCAUGGAGAUCCCGUGUGAGUCUCGCAGGGUCGAGGAGCACACUGACUGCCAGGGCUCCCAUGUGCGCUGGGUCUGCCCCAGAAAUAUCUCUUUUAGAACUGAUAUUUACAUCUUCAAACCUGAUCGGGAGCUGCAGGCUGAACUGAAUGUCACCCUCUUCCAGACUGAGGAAGCCUCACCUCUGCCUUUCUCAGGAGAUGAUGGUCAGCCCAAGAAUCUCCGCUGCCACUUCAAUGGUGUUGAUCGCCUCCUGUGCAGCUGGGAAGUACGGCAAGAGGUCACCAGCUCUGUCUUGUUCACACUCUUCUACAAGGUUACACAGACAUCAGAAGAGAAGGAAUGCUUGCAAGUUUAUGAGGAGAAGGUGUCUGACAUCCCCUAUGUACAGCAGCACUGUGAGAUCUAUGUCACCAACUGCAACCAUACAAGCCAGUACCAUGUAACUGUCCGGCCCAAGAAAGAAGAGAAACACAUUGAUGCCUCUAAGCACAUCAAAGUGCUUGCACCCACCAACUUGACAGUGACAACAAAGGAAGACCAGGAGUAUGAACUGAGAUGGGUAAAGCAUAAACUACAGUAUGGCUUUAUAAAACAGAGCUAUCAAGUCUUGUACUGGAAGGCAGACCAGUCCUCGGAGGCUGCCAAGUCCAUCAACAUCAGCAAUGAUGAGCCCCCCUUCAUCUUCCCCUCCCAGAUGCUAGAGUCAUCAACAUGCUAUAGGGCAAAAAUGCGGGCAAGGGUGAAUGCGUCCUCUGACUACAAUGGUCCCUGGAGCGAGUGGAGUGAGGAGUGCGCUUGGCAAACAGGGCAUGUUGUGUCACCACUGAUUCUCCCAUUCAUGGUCUCAGUUGUCACUAUCAUUCUGAUAGCGACUGGUUGGUGCAGCUGUAAAUAUCUCUUCAACAAGAAGAAAAAAUGGGAAGAAAAGAUUCCCAAUCCCAGCAAGAGUCAGCUGGUGCAGGGCUUCUUCCAGAAAGGACCACUAGGUAAUCUCAUGCCAAGCAAGUUGGUGGUCUUUGACAAUCAGAGCCAUUUGGAGAAGGUGGAGCAGAUCAACAACAUACAAGUGCUGCAUAGCAUGGUGAAGGUUAUUUUAGCAAGGUCCUCAGGAACUGAGGCACCAAACAUGGACCUAAGAAACUGGUAUCACACUUCUGAAGUGCCAGGCUCUGCUUCAUUUUCAGCAGCCCCAUGUGCCUGGCAUUCAAGUCAAAGGACCAGUCAUUCCAUCGCACCGGCCCCAUUUGCCUGUGUUGGUAGUCCUACAGCAGACACUCCCUCUUGGGAGGACAAGAAACAUCAUCAGCCCAACUAGUGGAUGUGGAAGAGAUGAAAGAGAUAAAAUAGAAGGCCCGAACUCACUGACUGCUGUCCUCUUGAAUGGCUCCUCCCAGGGCCCGCAAAAAGGACCAAAUACAGCAUUCCCUUACAUUGAAUUCACAUCCCAAUGUAAAUUACACUAAGAUCUGAUGAAACAGAUGUGCAGCACCUUUCCAGAUAAUGGAGGACCCACCUGCAGCAAGCAAGAGGAUGCGCUUCACAUGCAGGCCAUUUGGUCCCCGAAAACCUUGAAUACUGAUGAAUACUUUGCCUUGCCAUUGUGGGCUGGACAGUAGCCAGUUGCAAGGGCAAGGAAGUUUGAUGAGGUUGUGAGACCAUCAGCAAAGACAGUGAGUGACUGAACAAAAAUGCUGCUGUUUAAGAACUGUCACCUCUAUUUUACUUCCCACCCUUCCCCCCUACCAACACCCAGGGAGAAAGACAAUGAUAAGUUCUUCUCUCCC